CUACCCCCCUCUCCUGAAAACAGAUCGAUACUAUGGAGUAUUGGAAAGCACCUCCCUCUGGCACCUCCCAGUGCUGCCAGGGCUCAUGUUGGCUCCAGUGUGCUGAGACACCAGCGACUCACUGAAAGGGAGUGAGCCAGGGACAGGGGAACUGGCACGCAGGCAGCCUGACCUGCCACCACCUCACAAUGAUGGGGGCCUGUGACCAAGACAGCCUCCUACACUCAGGUCCUUGGCCAUGUCAGGUGUGGUGUACCCCGGACAGGCUCCAGUGGAUUUAGAUACAUACCAAAGCUCCUACAUGAUCGACUACAAACCCUAUGGGAAGCACAAAUAUUCCAGGAUCACACCGCAAGAGCAGGCCAAGCUCCAGGCGCAACUGCGGCAGAAAGAGUUUUAUAGGCCCGUCCCCAGCCCCAACCCUACGCUAGCGGAUGGAUACCCUGCCUUCAAAAGAGUCCACAUGACUGCCAAAGACCUGGGCAUCCCUGGCUUCUUCCCGCCACAGGACCACGGGGCCACUGGGGAGGACGAGUGCAAGUUCCCCCGCACCUGCCGUUUCACAGACCCGGCUUCCCGCCACCUGCACCUGGCCCACGGCGAUCCCUACCGUGUCUACCGGAGCGCCGACUUUCCGUGCCUCCUGGAGCCCGAGUGCCAACCUGCUCCAGAGGAGGGCAAAGGCUAUAUUCUACUGCCCGGCUGCCCCUGUCCUCAUCACCCUACAGUCAAGGUCCCCAUCUUGAACCGAUGGGGACCCUUGCUGCCAUUUUACCAGUAGGAAGGAUGAGAACACCUUCCAAGGGGUGUUCCAAGGGCUUGUGGAAGUCCUAUGUCCUGCGCUCUGCCCUUAGUGUGCAGAAAAGGGAACCGAAAAUAAAACCAGAAAGAUGUUCCCACAGCAGUGGGACUGCUCAUUC